AUGGUCAUGGCAUCGCUGACGACGCCGCCCAAGGCCCGGAAGCCGCCGAGCGAGGGCUUCAUGGCCAACGUCUCGCUGCAGUUUGACAACUGGCGCAAGCGCAUGCAGCAGCCCGAGGGCCCGCCGUCGCCCGAAGAGGCGCAGCAUCCGCAUCUGCCCGCGUUCUCGGACGCGGCCGAGUGCCACGUCUGCCACGACGCGCUUACGCUCCUCAAGUUCAAGCACAACUGCCGCAACUGCGGCAAGUCGGUCUGCGGCGCGCACAGCAAGAACCAACUGCCGCUGCCCGAGCUCGGGAUCCUCAAAGAAGUCCGCGUCUGCGACGUGUGCUACCAGCUCAAGGUCUCGCGCCGCGCCGGCGCGCGCGAAGUGCCGCCGACAACGAGCCCGACGCCGGCAAUAGCGAUGACGGGGCCCAACCCGCGCGGGUCGUCGCUGUGCGGCAUUCUGUACAGCGGCCUCGUCGAGGAGCAGGACGACAUGCUCGACGAGAUGCUCUACUUGGGCUCGUUCCGGCUCGGCAGUCGGUCGCUCGCGAGCCGCAACUUCAACCCGAACAUUGCGAUCUGGAUCGAGCGGCUUUUCAUGCUCACGCCGGCCGAGCUCUUGUGCUUCAAGCCCCAGAAGGAGAAGGAAGAUUUUCUCCUCGGCAUUGGCGAAGUGCGCACAUCGAUCCAUCUCACCGACAUCCUGCACAUUGAAGUCGACGACAACUACCCGCGGAUUCUCACAGUCGUGCGCUCGGACGGAAGGAUCUUCCGUAUUCGCACAAAAGAGCCCGAGACGUGUGCACUCAUUUACGAGAAGCUACGCGAGACCAUCCAGACCUUCCAGGACGCUCUGUACAAGCUCCAGCGCGGUCUCGUGCCGGAAGACAAUGCGAUUUCGUGCGUCACGGUGCAGCACGCGCCGCUGCUCGACGAGGUCGUCGUGCCCAAGUCGAGCGACUUGGGCUACCACGUAUCGCUCUACCCAACGUCGAUUCUUCGCGCCUACUGCCUCGGGCCGUCGUCGGUCCACGGUGUCGCGUCCUUUGCCCGGGACGAGAUUGCCGCCGCAACGUCCCAGCGCAUUCGCAAGCGUGUCGAGCCGUCCAUGGACGAGCUGUACCUUGUGCUGCACCUCGGCGCCCGUACGCAUCUUUGGUUGAAUAUGGAGCGUAUCGAGGACUCAUGGCGCUACGCGUGGCAAGACGUCGGGCUCUUUGGCCUCCAGCUGCUCGUAUGGACGCUCGUGUUUGCAUAUGGCAUGACGCGGUACUUUGAAGCGGGCAUUCUGCUCUGGUCGAUGAUGCUCGUCGUAUUGGGCGUGCGCCUCGGGCCGCAUAUGCGGCUGGCGUGGCACACGCGCGCGCUCGCCACCUCGUACCGCCUCGAGCUGCCCCAAGUCGACUGCCAAAAGCAAAAGACGUCGGCCGGCGGCGACCUCAAGGAGAGCGAUGUCGACCCGCGCUUCAUUGCAGCGUGCGGCAACGACCUCGAAGAAGCCAAACGCAAGUACAUCAAGUACCUCCAAUGGCGCGACGAGAACAGUAUCGAUACGAUUUUGCUCCGGCCGCACCCGCACUUUCACAUUAUCAAAGAGUCGUACGUGCACUUGACGCACAAGCAAGACAAGCAAGGACACAUGAUUUCGAUCGAGCUCGCGGGCAACAUGAAGAAGGGCAUGGCCAACUUUUUGUCGAAAGGCGUCGUCGAGGCGGACGUGGUGACGCACCUCGGGUUUUACAACGAGUUUUUAUGGAACGUGAUUGACCGCCGAUCGGCGCCGUUCGGGACGCAGCUCAAGAUUCUCGACUUGAACGGCGUUGCGCUGAGUGACUUUGGUGGCGACGUGGUCGCGUUCAUGAAGCAGUGCUCGGCCGUCGGCGAAGCGUACUACCCGGAGCGCCUCUACAAGGUCUUUAUCGUCAACCCGCCGUCGUGGUUCAACAUGAUUUGGAAAGCCGUGUCGCCGCUCGUCAACCCCAAGACGCGCGAAAAAAUCAAUGUGGUCAAGGGCCAGAAGGAAAUCCAAAAGGCACUACUCGAGUACAUUGACGCGGAGAACCUCCCCGUCGAGUAUGGAGGCACGUGCGAGUGCGUCGGCGGCUGCCUCACGCACUCGCCCGACGAGAAUCUCUUGCGGGAGUACGUCGACCGCCUCAACUCUGGCGAAGACUGCACUGAGUACCUCCAAAGCCUCAUGGACGCGGCCGCGGCCGUCGCCGAUGCCACGCAUGUGACGACGCCAGCGGUAGCAGGCGGCACGGAGCCCGACACCAAGAUGAGCUCGCGCCACUCGGCCACCAACCUUGCGCAUCUCGAUGUCCCAGCAGGCCCCAAAAAGCGCCGAGCGUCGCUGGUAUGA